GACCAUGAAGCAAACAACAAUGAUGAAAAUCAUAGCUUCAAUAACACACAAGAAUGCAGAUUUCCCACCAGAGCAGCUCCAUCUCCAUUACCAAGGGGCCUGAAGAAAACUUCCAAUGCAGUAAAUUCACCGAAACCAUGUUUACCUUCCAGAGAGACCUUAACUGCAAAUGAAGAAAAACCUACAGCAGCAGAAAGACGACGAGGUUCCAGCCAAGAGCUUCUGCUUCCACCUCUUCCAAGUGGUGCCCAAAAGCCUUUGCUCCAAAAGUCCUCAGUUCUGCCAAAAGUGCCAGAAGCUGCGAGCCGUUCUCUGGGUACUUUGCCCCACAGCAGUGUUUCACCUAUUUCAAGUACUACAGACCAGGAUGCUGGUGUUCAUAGUAAAGCAUGGUAUGCUGCUACUUGUGACAGAAAAACAGCAGAAGAUGCACUACACCAAUCAAACAAGGAUGGAUCUUUUCUAGUAAGAAAGAGUUCUGGACAGGAUUCACGGCAACCAUACACACUGGUUGUGUUUUACAACAGAAGAGUAUACAAUGUUCCUAUACGAUUUAUUGAAUCAACAAGACAAUAUGCACUGGGCAGAGAAAAGAGUGGUGAAGAGCGUUUUGGCAGUGUUGCUGAAAUAGUAGAGAAUCAUCAACGCACCUCCCUGGUUCUAAUUGACAGCCAAAACAACACAAAAGACUCAACAAAACUAAAACACAUUGUAAGAGUCUCUUAAUCAAACUGAUGCUAAAUGAAGACUUUUUUGAACAUUUCCUUCAACAUCCCAAAACACAUGGAUCAGGUAUUAAAAGGAGAAAAGCCAAAAUGAAGGAAAAUACUCUUCAAGAGCACCUACUGAGUAGCAAGAGAUGUAGUUC